GAACGUUUUCGAAUAUUCUCAUAGAAACCACCAUGAAUUUAUAAGCGAAAUAUCACCGUCGAUCGAUUCUGUUCAUAGAAUAUAGGACUUAAAGUUUUGUUUAUUUGAUUUGAUAGUUUCGUGAAAUUUUAAGUAAAAACAAAAUGGAUAAAAUUAGUUCAAUUAUAACGGACGGUCGCGAACAAAUCCGAACAAAAGAGCCCGGUUUUUUGGUUAAAACUCAUUGUAAACGUGAAAAAUCUAAAUUUUUCAUCAAUGUUUGUCAUUCACCUGUGAUAUCAGCACCAACUUUACUAUUGGAUGAAAAAGAUCUUCAUGAUCUGAUUGCUCAUGAAAAUUAUGAUGAACUAUCAAAAUUUACCAUACCAUUAGUAUUGGAACGUUUAGAAUCGACAAAAGACAAGAAAAAUGAAACGGCCAAAAUGACACAUGUUAUUAUUAACAGUCGAUUUUAUGAACAAAAAAUUCGAUCAUCAGAAAUUUAUAAAAAUUAUCUUGUCUAUGUUAUAAUCGAAACGGUGAAUGCAAAAUUUAAUAUCCAUUUGGACAAUACCGGAUUUGUUUUAUUGAAAAAUCGAAAAUUUCAGCUAGCCGAUUCGAAACAAGAAUUUCCAAAAUUUAUCGAUUCUUACAUACCGCCCAAUAUACUGAAUCGACCAUCAAUUGAAGAUGAUGAUAUACUUACACGAUUGGAUGAAAAAUUGACUAUUGAUACGAAUCAAACUGUAGGACAUGUUACAGAUGAUGAUCAUGAUCCUGAUCAUGAAAAACUAAAUAAAAAUCUAAUUAUUAUGCUCGAUAUAGUCAAGGAAACUAUAAAGAUUAAAAUGAAAUUGGAACGACUUGGAAUUCAUUUAAAAAUGAAUGAUGAUCAUGUUAUCAUUUUUGAUUCUGCAAAUAAUAAUAAUGUAAUCCUACGAGAAUUUUAUCUACCAAUUCGAAUCCGACCAGAAAAGGCUAAAGCUUCAAUUUCAUCAUCAAUUUUAUCAAUCGAAUGUCCAGUAGUUUCUUUGUGAUAAUUUGAAUUUUUUUUUAU